AUGGUGGGACACAGCUGGUCAAUGAUAAACGAAGAUGCUGCUCAUGUUCUUCGUGGCGCUCGGGCUCGUGUGCGCCUUGGACCAAAGAAUGAUAUCGCUCCUGUUUUCUCUGAAGUAUUUUACGACUAUCUGGAACAGCACGACCUGCCACCUGAGAGGUUCAUCACAUUUCAUCAGUUCCAACAUGCUUUUGAGUCCGCAGCCGCCAAACUCACUCAUGGUCUGAGCAAGGAGCUGUUAAUGAAUAUUUGUGCAGCUGGUCUAUUAGAACACUGGAUUGAUCUAAAGGAGAUCACUUGUGGUAGAGUGGCCCACUGCUUCGCGGCAUUUGUUUACGGAUCCACCUCAGACCAUGUGAUGAUUGGAACUCUCGAACGACCUCUCAGCUACGCUUUUCGUCAUUCUCUGAUGCCGAUUAUCAACGGCUGUAUGGAUAAUAUGUUUAAAAUUUUCCGAGUUGUUGAACUCUUGACUAGUGUCAGUUCGGACAGGAAAACUGCCGAAGAUUUCAAGCAGGUGGAUGACCACCGUAGAACAGCGGAAAUGCGUGUUCGCUACAUGUCUUUCAUUGUUUCGAAAUUACUCAAUCUCGUUUGUAUAGUCAAAGAUCUGUUCGUCGAGAAGGUUAUCUCAAUUUUCGAUCGACACGCAAAAGUGUUGAGUGCUGCGGUAGAGGUGGAAGAAAUCGAAAAGACUUUGACCGAGGCUGAAUCCGAACUCCAUGCGUUGGUCGUGCGAACGGAUAUCCGCAAAGCGUUCCAUGAAAUUAUUGAUAUUUUAAAGGAGUUAGCAGGAGAAAUUCGGCUGAAGUAUGGUUGCUCACCUUAUCUUAACUUCACGUCCGUGAAAAAGUGA